CCGCCCCCAAGAAGCUGCCGGCCCCUUGAUCCCUGGGCUCCUCUAGCUUUACCAUGAACCUGGCGCAAGCUUGGCGUUAGGAGAAAUUCAGAAACCGGAGGGGGAGUCAAGGCAAUUCUUUGGUUGCUAAGUGUGAGUGAAGACACCCAGGAUGGCUCAGGGAUCCGGGGAUCAAAGAACAGUGGAGAUUGCAGACCCAGAGGAGAGUUCUCCAAAUAUGAUAGUCUACCGCAAAAUUGAAGACAUCAUUACAAAGAUGCAAGAUGACAAGACAGGUGGUGUGCCUAUCAGAACAGUCAAGAGCUUUCUCUCCAAAAUUCCCAGUGUUGUCACAGGUACUGACAUUGUGCAGUGGCUUAUGAAGAACCUCUCCAUUGAGGACCCAGUUGAAGCAAUACACUUGGGAAGCCUCGUAGCUGCCCAGGGCUACGUCUUUCCGAUCUCGGACCAUGUUCUCACCAUGAAGGAUGAUGGCACCUUUUAUCGUUUCCAGGCCCCGUACUUCUGGCCUUCAAACUGCUGGGAGCCUGAAAACACUGACUAUGCCAUCUACCUCUGUAAGAGGACAAUGCAGAAUAAAGCAAGGCUGGAACUGGCAGAUUAUGAGGCAGAAAACUUAGCAAGACUCCAGAGGGCCUUUGCAAGGAAGUGGGAAUUCAUCUUUAUGCAAGCAGAAGCACAAGUAAAGAUUGAUCGGAAAAAGGACAAGACAGAGAGGAAAAUUUUGGAUAGUCAAGAACGAGCCUUUUGGGAUGUCCACAGGCCAGUGCCAGGCUGUGUGAACACAACAGAAAUGGAUAUCAGAAAAUGUCGACGUUUGAAGAACCCACAAAAGGUUAAAAAGUCAGUGUACGGCGUGACGGAAGAAUCCCAGUCGCAAAGCCCAGUGCACGUCCCCAGUCAGCCAAUCAGGAAAACUACAAAAGAGGACAUCCGGAAACAGAUAACAUUUUUGAAUGCACAGAUUGACAGGCAUCGUUUAAAAAUGUCCAAAGUGGCUGAAAGCUUAAUUGCUUACACAGAACAGUAUGUGGAAUACGACCCUUUGGUCACGCCAGCUGAGCCGUCCAAUCCCUGGAUCAGUGACGAUAUUGCUUUAUGGGACAUAGAGAUGAGCAAAGAGCCCAGCCAGCAGCGAGUAAAGAGAUGGGGCUUCUCUUUCGACGAGAUAUUGAAGGACCAGGUGGGGCAGGACCAGUUUCUACGAUUUCUGGAGUCAGAAUUCAGUUCCGAAAACCUCAGGUUCUGGUUGGCUGUCCAAGAUCUCAAGAAACAACCCCUACAAGAUGUGGCCAAGAGGGUGGAAGAAAUCUGGCAAGAGUUUCUGGCCCCCGGAGCCCCAAGUGCAAUCAAUCUGGAUUCUCACAGCUACGAGAUAACCAGUCAAACUCAAGAUGGAGGGAGAUACACAUUCGAAGAUGCCCAGGAGCACAUCUACAAGCUGAUGAAGAGUGACAGCUAUGCCCGCUUCCUCCGGUCAAACGCUUACCAGGACUUGCUGCUCGCCAAGAAGAAGCCAGAAAGUGAGCAAGGUCGUAGAACUUCCUUAGAAAAGUUCACUCGCAGUGUGUGCUGCUGGCGCAGAGUCAGAAUGGCUGCUGCAUUUCACCCCCGAGGUGGCUUCCUUCCAGCAGUGGGGAAAGUCGCUGGCGGGCAAGCGCCUCACCGGCCUGAUGCAGUCCUCCUGACGGUCCCCCCCGCAGGGCCCGGGCCCGAGGACCACGCGGGCAGCCGGCCGCGCUCCACAUCUGCAGACAGAGUUUCCCUGCGGGGAGAUUUGGUCACUGUGAAAGAGAAAGAGUGAGGGCCGUGAUGGACAACGGUGGGGAGACGCGGUGGGUGAACCAGAGGGAGGCCAGAAAGAGAGUCCACGGAACCUGGGGUCGGCCGGGUAGAAGCCCCUGUUUACAACCCUCUCUUCCUUGUAUAGUCGCGUGCCGACACCCCACUCUCUAGGAGGUCCUGGUCCCUAACACGUUCAGGGGAGAGCACCCGGUGGGACUCCCGCUGUGACUGUCAGCUGAGGUUAUAUUCUGACUCUCAUCACUCCUCCCGCCGUCUGGGGGAUCACGCUUUCCAGCAAACUCAAGAGGACCACUGGCCCUGAGCACAUCCAGUAUUACAUCCCACCACCUCUCCGGUGCACCCAUGGCACCCCGCUAGUUACACCACUGUGUCCCGACCGCCUCCCCCCUCCCGCCUCCCCCACCUCUGCGGCCGCUGCGCGUAAGGAGCCGGGACCAGGCUGCCCGCACACCACGCGCCCCAAUCGCAUCGUCAGCACUGAGCCAUCUCCUGGACUGCAGCACCUCGAGUUCUUCCAACCCCCUUGCAGGCCACCUUUCAAAGAGGUCUCCACAGGCGCUGGCGGCUGCCCUCUGCUCCUGCCAAACGUCUCAAGGGUCCAACACCAGAGGAAGCACUGGUGUUGAUGAAAGAGCUUGUGGUUUAACAGCCGUGAAGGUUCUGACCAUCUUUUAAAUUUUUUAUUAUUUUGUAAUUUA